UUCACAAAUCGGACGGCGCCAGUUUACUCUGCAUUAUGAUUAUGACGCUGUUCGUGGGGAGACCGAACGCGCGGAGAACACCAACUCACUGAACACAGAUUUAAGCGGAUAUGCCUUGUAAAUACAUCAGUGUUUCUUUAGUGUCUCGUUCUACAAAUAACUAUUUUUACUUUAGGCAGCUUUAGCAUAUUAGCCGCCCAGUCCUACAGGUAGCUUCUGUCUGACUCUGAAUUGUGUGCCAUUUGCUUUCAUCGAGUAUUAUGUUUUGAAGCCUGGGUUAUGUUGGAUAAUGUAUCUGUAUCAAUCGUAUGGUGGUGAACAGAAACAGUUUAGGCAUUCAGAGGUGCUAGUUAGCCAGCUAGCUAAGUAGACUGAAGUGCUAUGCAUCAACUUGCUCCUCCUGGUCCCCCUCACACCGGAACCGUCAGCGUUUGGGUUGCGGACACUGACAGGGAUAUUUAGUUAGUUUGUAAAUGAACCCUGUUACUUGCGUUACAUGAGAAAUCUAAAAUGUCGAGGAUUCUCCUGGGCCUGAUAAUGCUUGGAUGCAAUGUUGCUGUUGAAGAUGUCCAUGCCUUUGACGACCCGAUCACCAGACUUGCGAAUGACAAACCGGGUGAACGAUGUUCGGGGAGAGUGGAGGUGCGUCAUGGGCAUCAGUGGGGCACCGUGUGCCAGCGCGGCUGGGAUCUGGAGGAUGCUGCAGUGGUUUGCAGAGAGCUCAACUGCGGCUUCGCGUUGGACAUCCCGAGCGGCGCUCGGUUUGGACGGGCCGGCGGAGAGGUGCUGUGGAGGAAUGUGAAAUGCUCUGGUGACGAGUUUGCCCUGGAUCUCUGUGAACGUACCCUCAAUGGUGACGUGUGCAUGCACAGUGAGGAUGCUGGAGUUGUGUGUACAGGAAAACUUCUUGUACCAACCUUGUCAAUUCAGUCACGCUUCUAUGCUUAUUCGACUGGAGAGGCUGUUCACUUUAAAUGCACUGCCCCGUACAGUCAGUCCGUCAUUGACUUCCAUCUGUUCAAAAGAGGUGUGGACACACCACUAGUGACCCAGCGAGCCGAUCCCAGACAAAUUACGGUGGAUCUGACCCUGUCAGACCUGGAAAACUCCCACCAGGGCAGCUAUAGCUGUCUGUACAGGAUACACCACAAACUGGGAACCUCUCCCUCAGGGAAUUCUCCACACAGCAACUUCAUCAACAUCACAGUCUUGGAGAUUCACACUCCCCAAAUCUGGUACAACACAUCUCCUGAGGCCCGGCCAGGUUGGGUCACCCGAGGCCACAGUUUCAAUGUCACCUGUUCCAUUCAGCAUCAGUAUCCUGGAGGCUCUUUUCAGCUGCGGCUCAUCAGGCCCAACGGGACCGUCCGGCACUCUCUGCCAGCCCUCACGCCCUCUGUCACCUUCAACUUCUCCAACGCCCAGUCCAAUAACGAGGGCUACUACUGCUGCCUCUACAAGGUCCAGACUGGAGAGCGCACUUUUAUCUCGAGGGAGAGUCAGCCUUUACCCAUCUCUAUUCGAGAAGUUGAUCCGGUAAUGAGCCCGGUGGUCAUCAGUUUGCUGGUAUCCGGUCUGACGUUUGUGGUGGCAACGUGUGCCAUUCUGAUUGUUGCCAAAGUCUACUGCAAGAGAGUGAGGAAACCCACUGAACUGGAGCGAGAGAGCAGGACCUGUGUUGACAACACAUACAUUGCCUUGACAAUCAAGUAGCAGGAGUUCAAAAUGAAGCAACUAGAGGCUUCUCUAAAUGGGUUACUUGGUCCAUCUAAGGUUGGCGUAUCAGUGGCAUGUCCAGACCAAAGGGAAGAUCUAAGUUUCAAGAACCACAGAAACCACCAUUUCUUACUAUCUGCCAUUCUCUGUUAAUUACAGAGAAACACAUUUCGAUUGUAUUUAGUUGGAGGUUUUUUCUUUCGAUGUUAUUGUAGACAUUUUUAUAAGUAAAUGCUGAGAUCACUAGACUUGAAGAGGUGAAAUUACAACACAAGCUGUUGCACUAACAAGGUUAAAAGGGCUUUUUAGUUUUUAGAGGUACCAUGUCUGACCCGUCCUGAGGUCUUCCCAUAUUGCAGGUAAAGACUGUAAAACUGUGAAAUGUUUUGGGGAAUUUUUUUUUUCUUCUUUGUAUUCUCUGAGGGGCUUUAUAAUUUAAAACAAUGUAUUUAUUGCUUUUUCUACUACAAUUGUUUUUAAAGAUCAUGUGUGUAUAAUGUUUGGUUAAUCACAGGUGGGAACGGACAGACAGCCCUAAGACCAACCUCUAUCGCAUCGCAUUAGGUCACUACAUUUGCCUGGUUUGUUCAUGUUCUCAUUGAAAUGAAAGUGAACGUACUGAACUCAUUAUUCACUAGAUCUGAUGUAACGCUUGAGCAAACAAAAGAACAAAUCCUCAUUUUAUUCUAAUGUAGUACAGAAUAAUAUAAUGUCUGUAUUUACAAAUAUUAUGGAACAAUAAUUAAUAAUAGUAAUGGAAUAUAGGCAUACGGUGAACAUUUUAAGCAGCACUAAUGUUGAGUAAAGCUAAGAAAACAGUUGCAAACACUACAGUAGAAUUGAAUAUACACUCCAUUUGCAACAAGGGAAAAAAAUGUGAGGUUCUUAAUGUCAUCGGUAGAGGCUGACAGAUUUGAAAUGAACAACUUUAGUUUAAAACACUUGUUUUGUACUCUAAAAAAACAAUAGUAUAGUAAAGUGUGACAAAACAAUACGGUCACUUCCUGUUAUAUUCAUGUAUUGCAGUAUAGAGAACUAAUGGUUGUUCUUUUAUUGUAGAUUUUGGUACAUGUAAUACAAUUUUUACUUUUAUUUUGCCAUUAAAAACAAAAAUCACAAUUUU